UCCAUGGACAGGGUACAGGCGGAUCUGUCAGGACGAGUCAUUUAAAGGGACGAAAAACUUUCCGUGGCUUACUUACUUUAUAGAGAAGUUUGACAGGAAUUAGUUUAUUUUUUUGUUAAUGCAUUUUGAACAGUUCUCUAUUCGGACAUCACUGGGACUUUACUCUUUGAAUGGUUGAAAUGCAAGUCUUUGCAAUCUUUACACUGAGUGUUUGAACAGAUCCUGAUCCUGAUCCUUGGAUGUGAUCAUGCCGGUGAGGAAGAAAGAUACUCAGCGAGCGCUGAAACUGCUUGAAGAAUACAGGGCAAAACUCAACCUGGCGGAAGAUGCCCAGCUUCAACACUCCAUCGACAGAGUUAUCAGCGUAUUUCAGAGCUCGCUCUUCCAUGCCCUGAUAGAUAUCCAGGAAUUUUAUGAACUGUCCAUACAAGAGAAGCAGAACAAAUUUACAGCGCCCAUAAAACCAGCAGAGCCUUGUCCUACUGCUACAAAUUUUACAUCACAACCCAGCACUAAUAAGAAAUACAGAUAUCAAGAUGAGGACACCACCUCUCCACCAGAGCAUGGCUCAACCCGCCUGCCAGGGGACUUCCAGCCUCCCGAGUUGGUGCAGGUGUCGGAGAAAAACAUCUCCCAGAUCGAGAAUGUCCAUGGCUUUGUCUCUCAUUCGCACAUCUCCCCUAUGAAGGUAGAGUCUCUGGAGUGCGUUUUUGAGAGCUCGUCCCCAGUAGGAGGAGAGGAGGUGCCAGCCCCUGCCUUCUCCACGCUAUACUCACGCAAUGAGGCGCUCAUGCAGCAGGCAGAUGCCGUUCCUCCCCCUGCUCCCAUAAUCCCCGUGAUCCCUAUCGCGCCAGUCCCAGCUGAGACCACUGUCAUCCCUGCACCCACGUCACAGGCAAGCCCGGCCCCGGUGUUGGUAAACACAGACAGCAUUGACACUUCUCCCUAUGUGAGCCCAUAUGUAAAUGGAACAGAAGCUGAUUAUGAAUAUGAAGAAAUCACGCUUGAACGAGGAAACUCUGGUCUGGGUUUCAGUAUCGCGGGCGGCACAGAUAACCCUCACAUCGGGGAAGACCCGAGCAUUUUUAUCACUAAGAUUAUCCCAGGUGGAGCUGCUGCACAGGAUGGGAGGCUCAGGGUAAAUGACUGUAUCCUGCGGGUAAAUGAUGCGAACGUGAGAGACGUCACUCACAGUAGAGCCGUGGAGGCCCUGAAGGAAGCCGGCUGCAUCGUCAGGCUAUAUGUCAGAAGAAGAAAGCCCAGCGCUGAGAAAAUCGUGGACUUAAAACUUGUCAAAGGUCCCAAAGGUUUAGGCUUCAGUAUAGCUGGUGGAGUGGGAAACCAGCACAUUCCUGGAGACAACAGCAUCUAUGUCACUAAAGUCAUUGAAGGAGGCGCUGCCCAUAAAGAUGGCCGACUCCAGAUUGGGGAUAAACUUAUUGCUGUGAAUGUUGUUUGCCUUGAAGAGGUGACUCAUGAGGAUGCAGUCGCAGCCUUGAAAAACACGAGUGAUGUAGUCUUCUUAAAAGUGGCAAAACCCACCAGCGUGUUCAUGAACGACAGCUACGCGCCCCCUGACGUCACCAACUCCUACUCCCAGCACAUGGAGAAUCAUAUCAGCUCCCCGAGUUAUCUGAGCCAGCCCACAACUCCAGCCACGCCGUCACGCUUCUCCCCCAUCUCCAGUGGUUUGCUGGGAGACGACGAGAUCACAAGGGAACCCCGGAAGGUUGUGCUACACCGUGGCUCCACGGGGCUUGGCUUUAACAUUGUGGGUGGAGAGGAUGGAGAGGGCAUCUUCAUCUCUUUCAUCCUGGCUGGAGGACCUGCAGAUCUCUGUGGAGAACUCAGGAAGGGAGAUCGCAUCAUUUCUGUGAAUGGAGUGGAUCUCCGCAGUGCGACUCAUGAGCAGGCAGCUGCUGCUCUGAAGAAUGCAGGACAGACCGUCACCUUAGUGGUUCAGUACAGACCAGAGGAGUACAGCCGUUUUGAAGCUAAAAUCCAUGAUCUCCGGGAGCAGAUGAUGAACAGCAGUAUCAGUUCAGGCUCCGGCUCACUCCGCACCAGCCAGAAGAGGACACUCUACAUCAGAGCCCUGUUCGACUAUGACAGGACGAAGGACACUGGUCUCCCGAGUCAAGGAUUGAACUUCCACUUCGGGGACAUCCUCCACGUGCUGAAUGCUUCGGAUGAUGAGUGGUGGCAGGCUCGCCCUGUCACCGCUGAUGGAGAGGUGGAAGAGAUCGGAGUCAUUCCCAGCAAGAGGAGGGUGGAAAGAAAAGAGAGGGCCAGGUUAAAGACGGUCAAGUUCAACUCCAAGUCUCGGGACAAAGAGCAGUCGGUCAAUAGCAAGUGUAAAAAGCACAUCUUUACACAAAAAUUCCCCUUCUACAAGAUCAAGGAGCAGAGUGAGCAGGAAACAAGUGAUUUCGAGCAGCAUGUAACCUCUAACGCCAGUGAUAGUGAAAGUAGUUACCGUGGACAGGAUGAAUAUGUUCUAUCAUAUGAGUCAGUGGUUCAGCAGGAAGUGAAUUAUACUCGUCCUGUAAUUAUCCUGGGCCCUAUGAAGGACCGGAUCAACGAUGACCUGAUAUCAGAGUUUUCUCAUAAGUUUGGAUCCUGUGUCCCACAUACAACCAGAUCAAAGCGAGAAUAUGAGGUCGAUGGCAGAGAUUAUCACUUUGUCAUUUCCCGAGAACAAAUGGAGAAAGACAUCCAGGAUCACAAGUUUAUAGAGGCUGGCCAGUACAACAAUCAUCUGUAUGGCACAAGUGUACAAUCAGUGCGAGAGGUUGCGGAAAAGGGUAAACACUGCAUCCUUGACGUCUCCGGCAAUGCUAUCAAACGUCUCCACCUAGCACAGCUCUACCCGAUCGCUGUGUUCAUCAAACCAAAAUCAAUGGAAAAUAUUUUAGAAAUGAAUAAGAGGCUGACCGAGGAGCAGGCCAAGAAAACAUUUGACCGAGCUAUGAAGCUGGAACAGGAGUUUACAGAGCACUUCACUUCCAUUGUACAAGGCGACACCCUGGAGGAGAUCUACAACCAGGUUAAACAGAUCAUAGAAGAUCAGUCUGGACCGUACAUCUGGGUGCCAUCCAGGGAGAAAUUGUGAGAUGGCUAAAAUCAGAGAAAUCAUAAUCCCUUCUUCUUUUUUUUCUUCUUUUCCUUCUUUUUUUCGGGUGAGCUGAAAUAGGAAAUGCUCCAAAUAUCCGAGGACGUGCUUGUGAGAGUGGGCAGACAGCACAUCUUAUUAAGACUUGAUUCCAGGGAGAAGUGCUACGCCUAACCAGGGCCGAGAUUAUUCAGUAUAGUACAGCUUCCUUAAUGUUUAAGGCAGGUGAUCUUAUAGAUGGAAAAGAUUUUAAUGCAUAUACUUGGAUUUUGUUUGGAUUUUUUCUUUCUUUCGCAUAGCAGAGCAUAAAAAGUGCACUUGUGUACGAUCACUUGGAGCAAAAUUUUGCACGUUUCAGCACUAAAAGCAUGUUUUGGAUGGUUUUGUUCUAGUUAACCUACAUUGAUUUUUAUGUUUUUUCUUACACAUAUAUUUGAGCUUCAUUAACCACAGCCACAAUAUCUAUUUUCUUUUUCUCCCCCUAUCAUACUGUAUACUGCUUAUGAUCUUAUAAAAGGAUCAAAAGAUUUAACUUAUGCAAUUAUCCAGCUUUUAAACUGCACAAACUUGUGGAUGGUUCGAACGAUGACCUGGCACAAAAUCUGAUCUUGAUUGAAGGAUUCCUGGAUGUCCUCUGCAGAUCUGGGUGUUUAUGAGAGUAUAAAUUUGAGGUUUACAGUGGCAUGGCUGAAAAAUGUUGUUUAAAAUACAGGUGAAUGUUUUAUUUUCGGACAUAAAUUCACAAUGCAAAUCUAAAGAGAAUUUACUGUACACUGAGAUUUUAACAUGUAUUUAACCCUAAGUAUACUGCCUAUUUUGUUAUAAUAAAAAACUCUAUAUUGAACUUUAACUAAACUAAAAAUAUGGGAAUAAUUAUCUUUAUAUGGAAUAAUUAUAUGUAUGAAAAUAUAUCAGUCUAUAUAAAUAUAAAAAAAGAAUAUAUUUUCCCUUACUUUAACAAUCAUCUCUUGGUUGUUGUUGUUUUUUUUUCUUUUCUUUUUUUUUCAUGGCCCUUGGUGAAGUCGAACUUGGGCUGAUUGGGCAGUUUUUCAAAUGCAUUUGCUUAGCAGUUCAUUAUCCUUUGCCCUCUCUUCCAUGUGAAUCCUGUCUCACGUGGUGUGCAUGGUUUUAAAAGCAAUAGUAUUUAUAAAACGUGUGUAAUCAGUACAAAAACUGGAACACGCCUUUUGCAUUUGUGAAGAUGCCGGGUUUGUCGUUGAAAGUUACGCAGAAGCUUGUAAACCCCAUCCUUUAGAUACAGUGGUCACUAUUAGCUGGACAGAGGGUCCCCGAGGCUCUCCCAAACACAAGCCUUUAUUUCUCCACUCGAGGGCGCUCUCACAGAAUCCAGCUCUCACUUUCAUUCCCAUUCGGAGAUGAUUGUUUUUUAAAAAACUGACUCGCUUCCAUUGGACCACUGCUUUCUAACACAUUUUUGACUGGACAUUGUAAAUAUUCUGAUCUGAAUUAUUCCAUUGGUCAAACGACAAGAAGUGCUAAUAAACAAAUCACACACUGUUUUUUUUUAUUUUAUUUUAUUAUUUUAGUAAAUGCAUCUUUCUUUAUGUCAUCACAGGAUGAGCAUUUGCCAUUUCAAUACAAAGAUAAUAGGUCUAGUGAGGAACACGGUUAGAUUCUGUUUUGUUUUUUUCUACAUAACAGCGGUUUUGUGUUUAGAGAAUAUAAAUAUUGUUUUAUCUAAUAAAUGAUGUUGUUAACGAGGAAAUCUAGAUUUACUUUGAAUUUCUUAUGAUCACUCUCGAUCAUUUUCUCUUAUACAGUAUAGCGUGCUUGUAUGGAAUAGUCUGAUUAAAUAAAAAGUAAAAAUGUAUGAAUGCAUAAAAAGAAUCAUGUUUGCACGUACCAAAAAAAGGAGUAAAAUAAUUGGACAAAAAAAAAAAAAAAGGAAACAAUGAUUCACUGCGUAAUGAUAGUAAGGAUUAAAGAUUAGUCAGACACUAGGACGCUUUUUUGUGUUUAGCUUGCUUUCUCAUGAAGCUAUGCAUAUUUUACAUUUUCUCCCAGACCCAGCUUUAAAUUUAACAAGCAGUCUUGUUUCAUCGUUUACAAUUAAUCUGUAACUGUUCAAGAGUAUCUCUGCUUGCCCUGAUUCUGUGGACGUUUAUGAUGAUCUAAG